AUAUGGGCACUGUGUCAGCUGUUCCAGCAAACAAGAUCCGGAUCACUGGAAAGGUCAGGUUCUGCUGUGUUGUCUAAAGCGACCCAGGAGGGAACUAGCAGCUGAUCUUCAUUGUCUCCAUAAUAUCCUGGAUUAUACAGUCUCUGUUGAGACUGUUGCUGGCAUGUUAAAGUGUUAGUGUUUACCCUCAUACAAGUAUAUGGACAGAUGAUGUAACAGCAAUUUAUUUGAUCAUGAUGCUGUUCUCCUAAUGACUCUAGAGUGAAUACAGCCCAGCAGAGGAACUUCAAUAGAACCCCAGAAGCUGGCGGUAAAACGUUAAGGGAAUAAAAGCUAUAAAAGAUAGUGAAACACUAGAACUGAAGUCAUUCUGAAAGUGUAUACUAGUAGUGCUUGGUCGUCCACUCUGUAAUCAGGACUGAAAAGCUCAAACUGGAAAAUGUCAUUACAUGGCAAGCCAGAAAGUCACCCUCUCUCUGAGUGAUGAACAAGGAUACUUAGUGAUAGAAGCUGGGAGAGACAAUGAAUUUAUUCUUUCUCUGUUCGAAUUCCACCACUGCGGCCUAAUGGUGGCCUUCACAUCACGUGAUUGCGUGACUGCCUGAGGAGGCCAGAAGGCAGGCCAUGGUCACACUAGCUGUGCUGUUGUCAACAGAACUUUGGCACCAGUUGACUUCAAUCUCUACUUGGCACUUCAACUUUGAGAAAUGCCAGUCUUUACUCGGUGUACUAAGCAGUACCUACCAGGAUAUUGAAAGCUGUACGGGAUAUAAACGUAAUUAGUAAUCGAUACGACCUGUCUUUUGAUCAGCCCGACAUCACUACAGCUUGAAGCAGCAAUGGAUACGAUCAAGUCUUAUUUCCAGAAGAUGAUGCCACAGAGCCAUACCAUGAGAAAGGGCAGUGGCAAGUGGAAGCGUGGGCGUAGUCGGGAACGAGAGAGGACAGUAGGGAUGAUGCCCCACCGGUCCGCUUCAACGUCACACGUUGACUUCGCGCCACACGACUCAGACAUGGACGCCAUCUCUAUGUCUUCCGGCCGCACUUUUUCUCCGUGCCUGGACACGUUUGGUCCGCGGAAUCUCCAGUUCCACAGAGCCUCGGAACCCCACUGUGCAGUGACUUCCGGAAGGUCUGGCGGCCUUACUCGCUCUGGUGUUGGAGAUUUCACACUAGGUCGCUCCCACAUGCAGCCUCUCGGCGCCCCGAACGCCCCAGGCCCUAGUGCUGGGCAUCAUUAUCACAAUCAGCUUCAGUUACAGCAGCUGCAGCAGCAGCACCGAGCAGAGGUGACCAGAACCCCGCCGCCGUCCAAACCACCUCGUAAGGAUUUGGUGUUUUCCGUACAGUUGGACACAGAGGGUCUAAGUGAUAUUGGUGUGGAGAUUGAUUGUGUGCCAACGCCGUCCACCUCGACACCUCCUACUCCGGCCAAGGGUUCACCUAAAUGUAAAGUAAGCGGCUUGGAGCAGGAAGGGCGUGAAGUUGAAAGCUCAGACAGCCAAAGCGCCUGCAGUACGCCCAGGUCUGUGCGGACUCAUGCAAGCCAAGAAGAGAACGGGGCUGGUAGAGACAGACCAUCGAGUGGGAGCAGUUGUGGGGGUCAUGGUUUGACAUGUAAGGUCGUGUCCUUGACCCAAGGAAGUCGUUGCCACUUAGACGGACGAGUCAAGGUCAAUGACGAAAUUGUGGAUAUUAAUGGAGAAGCUCUUCACAAAGAGACCAGGGAAGCUGCAAAACAAAUUCUUGAGAACGCCAUCAAGUCUGGUCACGUGGUGCUCACCAUCCGAAGGAGGAGAAAAAGAGCAGCAGUCCCGCCGCCGCUACCAACACGACAGACAUCACUAGUGAACUCCAUCCCCAAGGUUCGCAGCGCAUCCACUGACGGGCUUAACAACGUCACCCCAUCCGCUUAUCAAAACUGUACGACUUUUGACCCCGGCGCACGAGCACGGUCGCUGGACGAUCCCGACACCCCCGAACCUGUGAGUCUUGAGUACGCCAAUGAGGAUUUAAACAUCUCCUCCGAUGACGUUUUCGCAGACUCCACGACCCCAGAAGACAGGGUAACCUACAUUAACCUCCCUCACAUUCGUUUCCACCAAGGAGUGGGACCUCCCCAAAAGGCGAACGGUCAUCUUCCUGGACCCCGCACCACGGGUCAGUCUUCCAGCUCUGACCAGCAGACAGUGACGGGGGAGUCACGCGUCCACAGCACGUCUGCUGUAGAAGAACUGGUCACGUGGUCACCAGAGACGGCCAGAUCUAACAAGAGACCGGAUUUCUACGUACCUGGGGAAGAGACCACGGGAGGGGAUCUUCAGAGACAGAGUUCUACCUCGACGCUUGUAGACGAAGUGGAAGGCGAGACUGGUCGAACAACAAGCCACGAUCCAGUAGCCGAUGCCAACAGCGGGCUGGGCGGGGCACUUCAGAAAGCUGCCCCUGCUCCUCUUGUUGGCAGCACUGGGAAGCUAAAUCAGACCACACCCAUACGGAAGAUGGCAGAAACAAAGCCAAAAGCCGGUGACCAACAGGUCCCUGGGCCGACGCCGCCGGCUGUGAUGUCCAUGUCCAGCUUUACACCAGGCGAGGCCCAGACUGGACCCCUGCCAAAUGUGGCGUCACCAGCGUCCAAGAAGCGAAUGAUCACCAAGCUGGUACUGCGAAAGGAUGAGCGAGGGCUGGGCCUGCACAUCGCCGGUGGGAAAGGCUGUAAGAAGGGAGACCUUGGUAUCUUUGUCGCCGGACUCACGGAGGGAGGAGCUGCGCUUCGAUACGUAAAUCUUCAUCAGUGGCAUCACCAUCCACGAAGUUCCUGGAUGGUCCCAGAGUUGUUUCCCCCGCUUUUUCUGCACGCACCAAUAAGGGCAUGUCAAGCAACUCCCAGGCACCAUCAGGAGACUAUUCCUGUGACAACAGACAGGGUGACAGCCAGUUCCAGGAUGGGGUAAUGACCACUGGAGAGGGAUCGUCCGGUCCUCAGUCCUUGCCGGAAGUUGUUGCCCAGACACCAUGUGGAACGAUAAUGAAAUGGGAAGAAUUGUUUGAGAAAUUCCAACCGGUAGAAGAUGGAACAGCCCCACGAGUGGCAGGCUCAUCUCGACCACUGAAACCGGGUGUACCUAUAACUAUAACUGUCUUCAAGGGUGCUGGUGGGAAAGGACUGGGUUUUAGUGUUGUUGGAGGAUCAGAUUCGCCUAAAGGGAACAUUGGCAUCUUUGUCAGGCGGAUAUUUGGUCAUGGAGUUAUAGCUGAGGAUGGCAGGCUGAAAGAAGGGGAUGAAAUUUUGGAACUGAACGGUCAGCCUCUUCAGGGCCUAACUCACCAAGCGGCGUUGUCCUUGUUCCGCUCCUUGAAGCGUGGUGCUGUGACCCUGACCUUUAGGUCAAGAGUGACAUCCCCAAGAGCAAGCCCUCGGAAUUCCCCAUGUGCCUCUCCUCGUGAAUCUCCUGAUGGAAGUCCAGUGUCAACACCAAAUCAUUCUCCAUAUGCAUCACCCAGAAACAGUCUGAGUGAAGUUCCUCCAGACCUAUUGGAUGGCCAAUUUGUGCACAGGCUAAAUGGGUCUCUCCUGGUAAACUCAGACAAGCCAUCAGACAGAUUUCUCAAUGGUAAUCUGCCUAAAACUGAACACAAAACUUUGUUUGAACAGGGCAAAAUUGAGAAGCCUUCAAAGCAAGAUGCAGUGCGCCCUAGCCCAGACACUCAUAAAAACAAACUCUUGCCCCCCAAACCAAAGCCAGCACCCAAACCGGGAGGCGUCAUCAAUGGAGCAAAUGAGAGUAAAGGAAAGGUCAGCUACAUACCUCCUUUCCCUAAAAGUGACCGGGCACAGGAGGAGAGCACACUGAGCUCAGCCGGUGCUGGGAUGUCUCAGAGUGUUGUGGUACUGCCUCAGCAUCCAAUCAGAAUGUCUGACGACACGAAUGUGCACAGGUCAGUUACACACAGACAAGAGGGACAACCCUUUGUGAGGUCAGCCAGCCUGAAAGCCCAAAGACAUACUGACAUAGAAGAGAGGCACCACCAGCCUAUCCAUAGGGAGUCAGGAUCUCCCCUUGUCCCACACCAGGUGGUCAGUUCUCCAAAGUCUAGUUCUGUGGUAAAAAUGCAAGUAAAGCCUGUGGAAACUCAUGUAGCGCAGAGCUCACCCGUGAUGAAUCUGAACAGUUUUAAGCCAGGAGAUGCAACUUAUGGCACCCCUACCAAUAAACGAAAGCAGUACAUAGAUCAGGAUAUGGCAAACAAGUCAAACACAUUGCCCCCAAAGAGCACUAGUGUGGUCAAAGUUGUGGAGUCCAGGGUCCAGUUAGACCACAAGAAAGGCAAUGCAUCUCCUGCUAUGAGAAAAAAAAAUAUUGCAUCUACAUCCAAGGCUGUUGACCGUGUUGAUCAACAGUUGGCAGAAAACAGAAAGCAGAUUGAUGUAUCAUCACCAUUGAUUGGACAGCGGAGGCAAAUUCCGCAGUUAGUGAAUAAACCUAGCAAUGUUGCUCAGUCACAAUAUAGCAACUUUUCUUCAGAAUCAAAAACGCUUCCUCGACCACAGCAUAAUAGCUCUUCACCUUCACCUUUCCAUUCAACAAAUGGUCCCCCUAAUGGCCAGCACCCACAAAGCUGCCUGGACCAGCCACGUAGUCUGGACUCGUAUGAAAUGUCAGUCAAUGAGAAAAAUGCCCACAGAGCGGCUGCACCUCAGACAAGCAGGAAGUACUCUGAAGGUUCUAUGACUACAGGCUGCUAUUCCUCUCUCCCACGUGGAGGCCGCCGUAACCACCCACACACGCAGCACAUACCUGUUGAUCACUACCAUGCACUGCACAGCACGGGUCAGUAUCAAAACUUGCCUAUGACGCAACAUUCUCAGCAGUAUAAUAACCUGCAAAAUGUUCAAGAAGCCUCUUCAAAAAUGAAGGAAGCAGAGCACCUGCUACAAGAUUUACUAAUGACACAGGAAAACACAGAAUUUCCUACAAAACCAUUUGAUGAUACAGCUUUGACUUUCUUUCAUCACAAUAGAGCUUUUGCUAGACUUGCUUCCAUGCCACAUCCUCUACCACCUUUAGACAAUGGCAACUCCUCAAAUUUCUCAACUUUUGGAUCUCCUUUACAGACAUUCGGACCUGGUGCUGAGCUACCCCACCCAUCAUCAGCCUCCUCCUUCAGGUCUUUCUCACAAGCAUCUUAUUACCACUACAGAUCUAAUGAGGCCACUGCAUCAUUUCAGUCUGCAUCUGCUGAAGACCAAGCUCUGUCGUCCUAUGAUAACCCCUCCAAUUUCACUCAGCCAAACUCCUUGCACAUGGCAAGCAGCACCCCACCAACCCCCAGCAUGAUGGCCCCUCGCAAGCUUCCUCAGAUGUCACCCAUCAGUAGUGUCCGGCAAGGAAGUGCAAACAAAUCUGCUCACAGUAUGUCAAAUCAAGUCAGGGCCUCUGGACAUGAACCUCAGACCCGAUGUACAUUUGAAGUCCGACUUAACAAGGAGGAAGGAACAUCUAUUGGUAUCAAUGUUGUACGAAAAAUAGUUGCAGGCAUCAGCAAUAUUUAUAUCCAAGACAUCAUACGAGGCUCCACAGCAGAUCUGGACAGUCAUCUGAAGAGAGGAGAUUGCCUCUUGUCAGUGAAUGGUCAGAACAUGAAGGACAUGACCCUACUGGAUGCCCACCAGAUGUUCAAAAGUUUACUUCCAGGGCCUGUCCAUAUAAUGGCAGUCAGGACCAUGUGACCAAAAA